CAGAAUCCCAUUCCUUUGGCUUUUUCUUAUUACUAUUAUUUAAGUUAUGUUAUGUGAAUGGGGAAAAAGAGGAGAGGCCUCUUUAAGUGCUCCUUAUAUAAGCUGUACUUUAUUUUGCUGUCUUCUUUCAGAAAUUCUUCCUGCUUUUCUUUGUCUCUCAGGAAAAACAGAAUACGUUUAUCAACAGCAGCACUAACUGUUUUUAGCUUCUUCUUUUUCGCAACCUACCCUCAAUUCUAUGUUCUACGGCAUGUUACUGUGCUACUAAUUAACACCUCUAGCCUACGCCAUACCCUUUAAUCCAUUUUUGUUUCUCUCUUAAUUUAUUUUUAUUAUUUUCCCCGAACAUGUUCCCGAGCUAUGAUCCUAACGACAAUGAAGCUGGCUUGAAGCUUUUGGAGGAACUCACGACAAAUGCUUGUCAGAUACAAGAUAAUGUGUUACAGCUCAUACUUACCAAUAAUGCUCAAACUAAAUAUCUUAGCAGCUUCCUCGACGGCCUUUCCGAUAAGCUGGACUUCAAGGAGAAAGUUCCUGUUGUCAAUUAUGAAGAUAUCAGGCCUUGUAUCGAGUGUAUUGCCAAUGGAGGGUCUUCUUCUAUCAUUUCAGCUCAACCGAUCACUGAGCUUCUCACAAGCUCCGGAACUUCAGGAGGACAGCCGAAGAUGAUGCCUUCUACUGCUGAGGAGUUGGACAGGAAGACAUUCUUCUACAACCUCCUUGUGCCUGUGAUGAACAAGUAUAUAGAUGGCUUAGACCAAGGAAAAGGGAUGUAUCUUUUGUUCAUCAAACCUGAAAUUAGCACACCGUCUGGCUUGAUGGCAAGACCUGUCCUUACCAGCUAUUACAAGAGCAGCAACUUCAGAAAUAGGCCUUUUAACCGGUACAACGUUUAUACAAGUCCCGACGAGACCAUCUUAUGUCCUGAUAGCAAGCAGAGCAUGUACUGCCAAUUACUAUGUGGUUUAGUACAGCGAGAUGAGGUUUUAAGAGUUGGUGCAAUUUUUGCAUCUGCUUUCCUGCGAGCUAUCAAAUUCUUGGAAGACUACUGGCAGGAAUUAUGCUCCAACAUACGAACAGGUUGCAUCAGUGAUUGGAUUGAUGAUCCCAGUUGCAGAAAUGCUGUAUCAUCAAUCUUGAAGAAACCCAAUUCAGAGUUAGCCGACUUGAUUGAGAGAAAAUGUAGUAAUAAAUCAUGGGAAGGGAUAAUUAAAAAGCUGUGGCCUAGAACUAAGUUUAUUGAAGUCAUUGUUACAGGUUCCAUGGCCCAAUAUAUCCCAACACUUGAAUUCUACAGCGGUGGGCUUCCUUUGGUUUCAACAAUGUAUGCUUCUUCUGAAUGUUACUUUGGGAUUAACUUUAAGCCACUAAGCGCUCCUUCCGAUGUCUCUUACACCCUCCUACCAAAUAUGGCUUACUUUGAAUUUCUACCUGUUGAGAGAGGCUAUGGAGCAGUGAUACAAGAUUUACAAUUCAAUGGUGUUUCUGAUCAGAAUUGCAUACACAAGGAGGUUGAGAAGAAGAAGAAGAAGCAGAAGAAGAAAAUGGAAACAGUCGAUCUUGUGGAUGUAAAAGUUGGUCACUACUAUGAACUUGUCGUGACUACUUUUACGGGGCUAUACAGAUACAGAGUUGGAGACAUUCUUAUGGUGACAGGUUUCUACAACAAUGCUCCUCAAUUCCGGUUUGUUCACCGGAGAAAUGUGGUUUUAAGCAUCGAUACAGACAAAACCAAUGAAGAAGACCUAUUGAAGGCAGUGACACAAGCAAAGCGACUACUGGAGCCACUCGGCUUCCUUAUGACUGAAUACACUAGCUUUGCUGAUACAUCUUCAAUCCCAGGCCAUUAUGUACUAUUCUGGGAACUCAAAACCAGAGGAGAAAACGUGCCAGAGGAGCUCGAUCCAAUUAUAAUGGAGCAGUGCUGCUUGACAGUAGAAGAAUCACUGGAUUCUGUAUACAGGAGGUGCAGGAAGAAGGACAAGUCCAUUGGAGCUUUGGAGAUAAGGGUGGUAAAACAUGGAACAUUUGAUGCACUCAUGGAUUUCUGUCUGUCUCAAGGAUCUUCAGUAAAUCAAUACAAGACACCGAGAUGCAUCAAAUCGGAGGCAGCCUUAAAGAUUUUGGAUUCGAGGGUGAUUGGGAAAUUUUUCAGCAAGAGAGCUCCUUUCUGGGAGCCAUUUAGAAUGGAAUAAUUAAAAGUCAGUAAAUACUUGUAAGCCGAUGGGCUUCGCUUUAUUUGUGAGAGUUAAUUUAAUUCUCUUUGAUGCCUAAUUGGAUAUUGAUUUAAGUAACCAUAUGCAGUCAAGCCUUGUCCUGA